GUCUCAUAGAUAUCGAUUCUAGCCAAGGUGAGCAAGAUGGACGAAAUUAAGGAAAUGCAGAUUGGGAUAAACGAAAGUCCGAACGAAGUAACAGACCCAGAAUUGACUUUGUAUGCGGAAGCCUUAUCUCGUUUGCAAGAAACACUUGAUGAGGGCCAAAAGACCAGCAACAUUGAUGUACAGAUGAUGUGGCUCAAUGUCAUCAGGUGUCGACAGAUUAUCCAGCAGUUAUCAGCCUCCGAGAGCAACACAUUUUACUCUGGCAUUUUGCUUCAAUUGGAGACAUCUUUGGCAUCUCAUGUAGAUGUUCUACAGAAGAAAAUCUCCCAGCUCAACUCUGACACUCAGACCGGACAUGUAAAAUACCCAAGUCUACCAAGUUGUGCUGGGGAUGCUGCCUCUAUAGGUCGGGCAGAAGCACAUACACCUUGUGAUGACACUCAGAAACAGCAGCGCCGUAUCGCCAUCGAGGACACCAUCAUUACAAAGGGUGGUCUGACAUUCCAGGACAUUGCAGGACUCAACGAUGCCAAGCAGGCUCUCCGCGAGGCCAUUAUAAUGCCGUUACACUUUCCUCAUCUCUUCACAGGUGCCAUCAAGCCUUGGCGUCGCAUCCUUCUGUAUGGACCUCCAGGUACUGGAAAGUCACGUCUGGCUCAUGCCAUCUCAUCAGAGAUCAACUCCUCAUUCUACUGUGUGUCCAGUUCUGACCUCGUGUCCAGUUGGGUUGGAGAAAGUGAAAAAUUAAUAAAGGAACUGUUUCAGCAUGCUACCACUCAACAAGGAAGAUCAGUGAUAUUUAUAGAUGAGAUAGACAGCAUCAGUCGUCAGAGGAACUCCAGGGAAGAGGAACACACAAGACGUAUAAAGACAGAACUUCUAAAACAGAUGGAAGGGGCAGAUAACUCUGACAAGGCUGACAAAAUAUUCCUCCUCUGUGCCACGAACUGCCCAUGGGAGUUGGACUCGGCCUUCCUUCGGAGGUUUCAAAAAAGGAUUUAUAUUCCGCUACCAGACAAACAUGCUCGUAUAGAGUUAAUGAAGAUCCACACAAAGGGUAACAAACUUGACUUUACCAAGGAGGAAUGGCGAGUCUUGGGCACCAAUACCGAAGGCUACUCAGGCAGUGAUAUUGCCAAUAUGAUGCUGGAGGCUCUUUUUAGGCCAAUCAGGGAUCUCCAAACAUCCAAGUUUUGGAAGCAGCAACCAGAUGGUAGUUUCAUGCCUAUUGAUGAGGGAACUGAGGGAACCAUAGAAGCUAGCAUUACAGAUCUGCCACCAGACAAGGUUAUACCUAGAAAUGUAGCGUUGUCUGAUUUUAUGAAAUCAGUGGAGACACACAGAAGGACUGUCACUGCAAAAGAACUUGACAGAUUCCAGGACUUCACUAAAUUAAUGGGAGAAAGUGGAUAAACUCUGUAUAGAUCUGCAGCCAAAGAAUCAAAUUGAUAGAAUAGUCAAAAACCAAGGCUUGUUAUCUUGAAAUAUAUGAAGUAAUCAGAAGUCUAAGAUUAAGAGACACAUUGUCAAUGUGAAGCAGUUCAGAUUGUCUCGAGAUCCCUCCCAACACCACUUCUAACUAUAAACAAAGUGGUUCUAAUUGUCCAAAAUAUUCUGUACUUUUUAAUUUAGCUCAUGAGGCCAUUUAAAAUUUCCUAUGCUAAUGAUAGCUGGAUAUGAUCAAAGAUUAUAAAAUUGUAAUUUUAUUUCCUUAUUGGAUAGCACCUCCUCUCAUCAUUCAUGACCAUUUUUUUCUUAUUCAAAUCAUGGAUAUUUGGCACUAAUUUAAAAACAACCCUCAUAUUUGCUAAUUUAAUACAUGUUUAAAAGAUUUUAUUUUGUUGGUUGAUUUGAUUUUGUAGUUUUGAAACUAUGCAAGUAGCAGAGAUGAUGUAAAAAAUCAAAAAUGAUUUGUUUUGUACAAAGUUGUACAUUAGUAUGGUUGAUAAUUCGUUUAAGGUAAAUGCCAUGUAUACUCCUCCUUUUCUCAGUAAUUAAAACAAUCAGUACCAUAUUUCAAAUAAUAAGUGGAAUGUGCAUUGUCAAAAACACAGGAAGUGUAUGCUUAACAAAACCAUCUACAUUGUAUAGGGACAAGUUUCUUUUUAUAUUUCUCUAGGGCCUAAAAAGAUGUAGGAUUUUGCAAUUAAAUAGGGACAGGUGAGCUUAUUAGGUCAAAUACAACAUAGUGUAUUAUAUAAAUAAACGCACCUGUUCCAAGUAUUACACUCCAUAACUUCUUAGCAUUUAGGAAAUUACCUUAAUUUCUUCUGAAAAGAUACUGUAUUGUAUAUAAUAAAUCUACCAUAAAUAUUUUACUUGUUUUUCAAUCAACUUUCAUUUGUCAAGGGAAAUAAUAUCUCUUAAACAAAGAUAAGAUUUUAAAGGAUGAGAAUUUUCCUAAAUGUUGAGAAGUUUUGUGUUUUUGGGGUCAAACUGUAAAAUACUGUAACUACACCUCAUUUACAUGCAAUGCAAUAAUACAUAUCAUUUAUAUUAUCAAUAUGUAUUCGAAAAUAGAAUUUAUAAAAACAUGAAUUCUAUACACUGGUACAAAAUAUUUUAUUUCUCUAAAUCAUUUCAAAAGAAAAACAUUGUGAAAUAUAUUUCAAAUAACAGCCAUUUAUAGAAGUAUAAAUAUAAUUAUAUUAAUGAGUACAAUUGUCCUAACAUAGCACUGUGGACUGCCCUAUAUAAAUAGUUUAGUGUAUUUUGUCAUGCAAAAAGCCCAAGUUGGUAGCCCAUAACAUCCUUAAAUUAGGGGCCAGACAAAGAUUGACAUUUUUUACUGAACUGCAACAGUAAUACAGGAGAGCUUAUUACCAAACAUGGGAUAAUUGUUGGAUAAAAUGUUAAGUUAUACUGGUACAAUUAUAGUAUUCAAAACAAGGCACCAAAAAUAAUUACCAUACAUGUUUGAUAUAUAAUAUCAUGUUAAGUUUUCAUAACUCAUACACAUUUAUUUUAUCAUGAGACCUAUGCAACUGUAGAUUCAUCUGAUUAAGACAUAAAUUAUCUCACUUGUUAAUUGUACAAGGAUCAAAGGCCGAGAUAAUUUAACCUGUCUGUGAAAAUAAUGUUUUCAUUGACCUGUAUAUAUAUUAAAGUUAAGACUCACAAACCCCCCAAAAAUUGUUGUAUUUUCAAAUUCCAGUAUUAAGCAAUCUAUGUAUUCUGUUCCUUAUAGAUUGAAUAUCAACUACAGAUUUCAGUUUUAUUGAAAUCCAUGUACAUGUUACAUACUAUGGUCAAGUUUUAUUUUAUGAAAUUAAAUUUUGAGUUGUAUAUAUUCAGUGUAAACUUUAUCUAAUGCUCUCAUAUUAAAUAUCCGUUGAAGUAAACAUACCAUUUAUCAAUCAUAUCACCCAUCCGAGUAACCUCUAUGAAGGCAAUGUAUUCGCCAGAACAUAUGGUAGUAUACUGCCUAAAGACUAAAUUUCAUUAAGAAAACUAAUAAUUUCCACAUUCUGUGGAAAAUAGAAAAUCACCAACACUAUGGCACAUAAAAGAUGUUGGUAUCAAGUCCUAACUCAAGCUAGUGAGUUGGUGAGAUCUACCAGAUACUACUCAUAUAAAGAAUACAACAAAUGAAUUCAUUCUCUAUGAUAAAGAUAAUGUCAAGUUGUGAACAUGCCAGUCAAAUUCCCACUUAAACAUCCGACAGUGUGAAUGUACGUUUGAUAUAUAUAUACACUUAUCACAGCAGAA